AACUAUAAGAAUGGGAAUGAUCGCUCUGUUACUCCAGUCUCUCAUCACUCACUCCACACUCUCACUCUCAUUCAGUCUUUCGUUCCAGUUUUCUAACUGAGUCAGUCAUUCUUUUUUGAUCCUGUACAGGUACAGAUCGCCAUUCUUUACUCCACUUAGUUUUUAAACUUAAUUAGCCUCGACGGCCCGAUUCCAACCAAAAUGCGAAGCGUCAUCGCCGUUUCCCCCGUGGCAGCUCUGCUGGCCACCAUCUUCCUGCUGCUGCGCGUCGCCUCCGCCGUGCCGGUGACCACCGAGCUGGUCCCCAUCGCUGCUCCCGAUGGCAACGCGCUCGCCGCUCGUGCGCCCACUGCGAAGCCCGUGAUCUCGGUCAAGUUCUUCAACGAACAGAUUAACAAGCUAAAGAUCACCAAGGACAAGGCCUGCUUGUUCUACUACCGCCUGAACGCCGCGGCCGGCGAGACCACCGCGCGCAAAUGGUACAAGGACCACGCGCCCAAGACUGGCGGCGUCUUCGGCAUCGGCGCUAAGGUCAAGGAUCCAGUCACCUACAACGACGUCAACAACAAGAUGUACACCUACCGCAUGGAUCUGCCCAAGAACGUCCCCAAGCCUUCCACCAUGAACAGCGACAGCUCCGCUCCCAAGGAGAUCAAGUCCGACUGGCUCGGUGGCGGUCUCAUUUCGCAGGCGCUGGCUGAGAGCUGCGAGGGUGACGUCUACUUCUUCACCUCCGAGGGCGAGCAGUGGUGGGACCAGUACCCUUACAGCAACAAGGACACCAACUUCUGGUGGGACUUCGAAUGGCCGGCUCUCCUGAAGAACAGCAAGGUCAAGAACGUCUACCUGAUCGACCCUGCCACCGCCACCGAGAUCCCCACCACUCCUCUCUACAAGAAGGGCACCACCCCCGACCACGUCCCCGACAAGAACCGUCCCCUCGGCACCGGCUGGGAGUACGACACCGGCAAGGCCCAGCAGCAGCCUGCUCCCCAGCCCACCACCACCACCAAGGCUGCCGAGCCCACCAAGACCAACGCCGCUUCUCAGCCCACCAAGACCAAGGGCAGCACCACCGGCGGCGGGAAGCCUGGAAAGCCUGGCAAGCCUGGCAAGCCCGGAAAGAAGAACUAAGCGUUCUUUCCUUGCGCCUUGCGUCCAUGUACACCGGCAAACAGGGCAGAUGGCUUAACGUGUUAACGCCUUAUGCUGUACUAUAGAAUUGAUGGUUCGAGACUCUCCUUGAAUGGCCCGUGUUUUCCUUGGCUGUUCACGGCUUGGUUGUUAUUAUUGUGUCUUUUUUGGCAUUUGUUAGAAUGAGAGUGCGGUUGGAUGUAUAUAUUCGCUUCUCAGUACACUAUCCUUAAUUUAAGAUUUUAUACCUUGGUGGAAUUACUUUUGAUGGUCAUCUGCACCAGUUGCUGAAUGACCGUUGUGAACGAAAGGCCAAUAUCGCG